AUGAAUAAUUCACGAUGUGAUCUCAUUGGCCAUUCGGUUGUUCGGGAGCACGCACGGCGCAGGAGGUGUGCAGUCUCUGUUAUCUUCCAGGACACCCGCACUGAAGCCCUUGAUGCCGCGGCCUCUGCCGGCCUUCUCGAGGGCCCUGUCGGCUUCCGACUGGUGGCAAGCUCUACGACCCCCCACGACCUCGGCUGGCGGCUGGUGGCGGGCUCUACGGCCCCACGACCUCGGCUGGCGACUGCCCGCUCACCGCAGCCAGCCCGCCGAUCGCAAUGCCGAGCUCGCUCUGGCCCAUCUGCCCCUGAAAUGAACUUUGACCUCGAGUACACUGAGCUCGUCACCCACAUCGACCGAGCCAGCGCCAGCCCCGCGACCCUACCCCCCAGCCCCAGCGCUCCAAACGACAUCAUGUGGCGCUACAUCCACAUGUACGCGCGUCACCUUGCCACCAUCAACUGUGACACCCCCCUGCUGGACCAGGCCGUCCGCGACUACCCCAUAGCGACAGGGCUGGCGGUGGCGGGGCGAUCGACCAGUUGGCUGGCGGGGGUGCAGAGGGCCAACCCCAUAGCGACAGGGCUGGCGGUGGCGGGGCGAUCGACCAGUUGGCUGGCAGGGGGUGCAGAGGGCCAACCCCAUAGCGACAGGGCUGGCGGCGGCGGGGCGAUCGACCAGUUGCACAUGUUCAGGUUAAAACGUCAUCUGUAUCCGGGUAUUUUCAUUGGUGAAGUGCAUGCAAAAUCAGUCUCUACACCAUGGCACAUGUUCAGGUUAAAACGUCAUCUGUAUCCGGGUAUUUUCAUUGGGGCAGAGCAUGCAAAAUCAGUCUCCGCACCACGGCACAUGUUCAAGUUAAAAGGCCAUCUGUAUCCGGGUAUUUUCAUUGGUGAAGUGCAUGCAAAAUCAGUCUCUACACCAUGGCACAUGUUCAAGUUAAAAGGCCAUCUGUAUCCGGGUAUUUUCGUUGGUGCAGAGCAUGCAAAAUCAGUCUCCGCACCACGGCACAUGUUCAGGUUAAAAGGCCAUCUGUAUCCGGGUAUUUUCAUUGGUGAAGUGCAUGCAAAAUCAGUCUCUACACCAUGGCACAUGUUCAAGUUAAAAGAGCCAAUCGUGUCUCACAAACUCAAGCGUGAUGAAUCGGUCCCCGUCGAUGGACCCCGAGGAUGGGGACGGUCACUCCGCGCAUUCUCAUUGGCCCACCCCAGCCAGUGCCCACUGCCUACUUUUUUCCGCGCCCGAAACCUUCCAUAUUUGGCCGUGGCCCGCAUCCCAUUGGUGCAUAGAACGCCAUAG